CCCCGCGCACUUCCCCUCGCGCCGGGCCCUGCUUCCGCCGUCCGCCCUCCGGCUCCCGCCGCCGCGAUGCUGCAGCUGUGGCGGUCCCGCUGCCUGGGCCGGGCGCUGGGCCGCUCGCUGCGCGCUCUGCGGCAGGGGAACUGCACUCUGGCAAGAUGCUCUCUGUCUGGUGUGGCUGGCAGCCAGGGACUGGCCUACACCAACAGCAGGAAGCUCGUAGUAAAUAGCUCCAGUGUCUUCGCUGUCCGUUACUUCAGAACCACAGCAGUACAUAGGGAUGACGUGGUUACGGUGAACACACCAGCCUUUGCAGAGUCAGUCACAGAAGGAGAUGUCAGGUGGGAGAAAGCUGUUGGAGACACAGUGGCGGAAGAUGAAGUGGUGUGUGAGAUUGAAACAGACAAGACAUCGGUGCAAGUUCCAGCCCCAGCAGCUGGUGUGAUCGAAGCCCUUCUGGUACCUGACGGCGGCAAAGUGGAAGGGGGGACCCCUCUGUUCAAACUCAGGAAAACUGGAGCUGCUCCUGCCAAGGCCAAACCAGCAGCAGCCCCUCCUCCUCCUGCAGCCCCUGAACCUGUAGCUGCAGCUGCUCCUCCCCCUGCUGCAGCACCAAUCCCCACUACAAUGCCACCAGUGCCGCCUGUGUCAGCUCAGCCCAUCGACAGCAAACCAGUGUCUGCAGUGAAGCCGGCUGCAGCUCCAGCGGCAGCCCCUCCUGGGGAGGCAGCGCCCAGCAAAGGCGCCCGAUCAGAGCACAGGGUGAAAAUGAAUAGGAUGCGUCAGCGUAUUGCUCAGCGGCUGAAGGAGGCUCAGAAUACUUGUGCCAUGCUCACCACUUUCAAUGAGAUUGAUAUGAGCAACAUCCGGGAGAUGAGAGCUGUACACAAGGAUCCCUUCCUGAAAAAGCACAACCUAAAACUAGGUUUCAUGUCAGCUUUUGUGAAAGCUUCAGCUUUUGCUCUGCAGGACCAGCCCGUUGUGAAUGCAGUGAUUGAUGACACGACCAAAGAGAUUGUGUACAGGGACUAUGUGGACAUCAGCGUUGCUGUAGCAACUCCCCGGGGUCUUGUGGUUCCUGUCAUUAGGAAUGUAGAAAAUAUGAAUUUUGCUGACAUAGAGCGAGCUAUCUAUGAGCUGGGGGAGAAGGCACGGAAAAAUGAACUGGCCAUCGAAGACAUGGAUGGCGGCACUUUCACAAUCAGCAACGGAGGGGUUUUUGGGUCGCUCUUCGGGACGCCUAUCAUCAACCCACCCCAGUCUGCUAUCUUGGGCAUGCAUGCCAUCUUCGACAGGCCUGUGGCUGUUGGAGGCAAAAUCGAGGUGCGGCCCAUGAUGUACGUGGCACUGACCUACGAUCACCGGCUGAUCGACGGCAGAGAGGCAGUGACUUUCUUACGCAAGAUCAAGGCAGCGGUGGAGGAUCCCCGCGUGCUGCUGCUCGACCUGUAGAGCAGCCACACCCCCACGCAACCCACCCAGGGCAGGGCCGCGGCACCAGCAGGGGCGACGCAGGGCAUUCAGGAACUGGCAGGGGUCAUUCCAGUCUCUCUCCCUCCCCCGAGAUCGGAGGUGUCCCAGAGGGGAUCGCGAGGAUAGCUCCUACCUCCUUUCCUGUUCUGUUCAAGGAUGGUUCAGUCUCUCACGAGGAUUGCUGUGCAGUGGGCCGCCCACUGAAUGGCACUGCCUUUCCAGAACCGUCUCUACGGCGUCCUCUCCCUCGUGGCACCAACCUCUCACCUCUAGCUUGUCCUAUACCACUGGAAAAUGCUUGCUGCUGCUGUGCUAGGGUACCCUUCCCUGCCCCUCCGAGGCAGGUUCAGCUUUAUUUCCUAGCACUGAGGUUCCUGGGGGGGGAGGAGAGGAAAGGCUGCUGUUCUGUCCCUGUUUUGCUUGAAAAUAUUUCACACUCAUCUGUUCUGCGAGGGCAGUCUGGGGUCCCCCGGGCCGAUUGCAGCAGAGUUUUUGAUCAGAGCAGGGCUGAGGUAGGUGUCAUGCCUCUGGCAGUGCCCUAGUUACACUCCCACCUCGGACAGGAAGGCGGUGGUUACGUCUCCCCUGCUUUCCCGUGGAGAUUUUGUUUCUCUCCAGCCUGGCCAAGAAUGUUCUUGGCCGGGGGGACGGAGCACACGAUCUCGGGGGGGGUAGCACUGUUCCUGGGGGUGGGGGGCAACCCUUUCACCAUUACCUGCCCAACACUCGGCUAAGAACCAGCCCCCAGCAGCUGUCCUGGAAUCACGGCACACCGAUGGUGGGUCCGACUGCUGUUUUCCUGCGUGCGAGGGCUUGGCCUCCUACCAGCGAGGAGGGAGCUGGGGGGGCAGGCCUCUAAGUGUAAUGUAUAUCCCAGCCCGAGGCUGCUGGUUUGGGGGGGAGGGGGGCAGUCCUUAAUCCAAUAGCGCACACACGUACGGGGGAGUGAGGGGGUUGCUAGUGCCUGCGGAGUCUAUUACUCGUACCCCCUCUACACGGAACUUGUAACUAAAAUAUUUAACGCGGCGGAUUUUAAACAAAAUAAAACUGGGCAACGAC